GGACCCAGAACAAGAAAAGUUAUGUCAGUUAGAUUUUUAACCAUAUUUACUUCUGUAUUUAUCUAUUCGAAUUUUUAAAGUUAUACAUACAUAUUUUCAUAUACAAUAUAUAAAAUUCAGGGAUGACCUCCUAAAAAACGAAAACUUCCUGAAUCAUUUCAGGUAGGGAGCAAUAAAUUCUUACUUGGAUGUAAAAUCUAUAUUUUGAAAGCAAGUAUUGAAAAGAUGAGGUUGCAGAUAUUUACCUCUCAGCUUCAAAAAUAUGGCGGCAUUUGCCAUGAGCAAUUAGAAUCUGAUACAACUCAUUUAAUUGUCGACGAUAAAAUGGAUGCCGAGAGAAUGUGCAGAAUACUGAAAAUGGACAAACCUCCAGAAAAUAUUGAAAUAUUGAAAACAAGUUGGUUAAGUUCAUGUUUCAAAUCUAAGGAUAUGGUGCCAACUAAAGGAUUUGAAUUAGAUUUGUCAAUUGUUGAAAAGAGGGAUGUAUUGGAGGAGAGUGACACAAAAAUACCCAAAGAUAAAGAUGCUGCUAAUGAUCCACCUACUGUAGAUGGCGAAGUUAAGCCCGCAAAGGUUGGUGUCAUGUUUCGUGCCUAUAAGAAGCCAAAGGUUGAAUCCGAAGGUCAAUUUGAUGACCCAGACAGUGACUAUAUGGCAAGUGAUAAUGAAGAGGAAGAUCAGAUAGCUGGAGUGGACAGUGAUCAUACUUCAGCAAGCACAACUCCACAGACAUCUCCAUGUAAAACCAUACAGACUUCUAGUUGGGUUUGUGCGCAGUCUUCCAAAAACACUCGUCCGAAUUUAAACGAACAUAUCACAGACAAACUGGAGGAAAUGGUGAAGACCUAUGAGAGCACCAGUGAUAAGUGGAGAGCGUACGGCUACCAGAAAGCCAUUCAAGCUCUACGCAGAUUACCUAAACCGAUAUCCUCAUGGCAGGAAGCUAAAGACCUCCCUGGGGUCGGAACUCGUCUAGCUGACAAAAUCUGGGAAAUUGCUGAAAGCGGUGAAUUACGAAAACUCAAUGAAUUUCGAUCAAGUGACGAAGUCCGAGUGAUGGAGAUGUUUGGAAAUGUGUGGGGUGCGGGUGCACAUACAAGUCGAACCUGGUAUCAACAGGGUUUUCGAACUCUUGAUGACCUCAGAACCAAGGCCAAUCUGACUCACCAACAGAAAAUUGGCUUGAAGCACUAUGAUGACAUCCUUGAUCGGAUGCCAUGGGUAGAAGCUGGGGAGAUUGAGGCAGUUGUACGUACAGCUGCUGAAUCUUUGCUGCCAGGUGUGAUAGCACAGGCGUGUGGGUCAUACCGCCGGAAGAAGACAACGUGUGGUGACGUGGAUGUGCUAGUCACACAUCCUGAUGGCAAGUCUCAUCGUGGAAUUUUCGGGAAACUGCUCACUAAACUUCGAGAUCAAGGGUUUCUCACGGAUGACCUCGUAACCUCUGAGGAUGACGGUAACCAGAAAAAGUACCUCGGAGUAUGUAAACUACCAGGGGAGAAUAGACGGCAUCGCCGACUUGAUAUCAUCGUUGUUCCCUAUGACGAGUACGCAUGCGCAUUGGUGUAUUUCACUGGAUCCGCCCACUUUAACCGUUCAUUGCGACAUUUAGCAAAGAAAAAAGGCAUGUCAUUGUCGGAACAUUCCCUCAACGCUGGAGUGGUUAGAAAUGGAUCCGAGAAGGUAUUUGAGGGCACACCAGUACCUACACCAACUGAGGCGUCCGUUUUGGAGAAAUUAGGUGUACCAUAUAGACCCCCAGAGGAAAGGGACCACUAAAUACAUGGCCACUCUUAUACCCAGACAACUUUUGACGAAGAUAUGCCGAGAAUAAUGGGAAAGAAACCCAAAACAUUCUCAUAUUAUAGUAUCAAGUUCGUUAAUGCUCAAAGUACACUCAUAUGAAGAAAUGAACACUCCGUCAAUGCAGAUGAACCCAAAAAACAGUGGAGGGAGGGGAGUGUUGUCAUGCCGCCAUGCUGUCAUACCGGUCAUUUUGAUACCAGUACAAAGUACAAAGUCCAAAGUACAAAUGGCCAAAAACUGACUCAGGAACUACUGUAACGGGUACAGUUGACCUCUGUUACACCUACUCCUUCUCGAUAUAGUGGAAUUCGGUCACUUGGAAGCGUUAGAAAACAUUAAAGUAUUUUAUCAUACACAGUCGGUUUGUGAAAUUUCAAAGAAGAAAAUUGUAUCACGCCAAUAUUUACGAUCACAAGUAUGUCGUUUGGUCAUAAAACCUGAUCGAUAAAAAAAACAAAAACAAAAACCUGAUCGAUAAUUGUUUUAAUCAAUUCAACAAGUACAGAGGUCAGAGUCCUACCGGGUUACACCAUGCUGUCAACAGGUGAUGAAAGUCCAACAAAACAAUUCAGAACAAGGUCAUUGCCACGUUUAUACCUGAGGCAUUAGGUACGUUUGAGAUAAAUUGUCUACUAAAUCCAUUGCCUAAUCCACGCGACCAGACAACUUGGUCAAAAUGUCGUACACGUCCAGCUAAUGAUAUUUGUUGUAAAGCCUCCAUACUCAUUUUAUUUAUUCCUUAUCAGCUUCAACUUCGUUUCCACUUAUUGUUUUACAUUGACGAAUCAUAUUUAGUGUGUUUCAUAUGCUUAUUUAUAUGUUUACCUGUUCUGUUAUUUAUAUGUUUACCUGCUCUGUUAUUUAUUCAAUCGUAUCAUUUGUACCAUCUUAAAUGUUUAAAAAAGAAGCGGUUUUCGUUUCGUCAUCAUUGUGUAUUGAAAUUAGGAUGAAUUUAAUUUAUUGAAUUAUGUGUGAAAUUUAAAUUUAUUCAAUUAGUUGUUGAUUUUUUAAGAUUGGAUAUAAGUAAUUCGGUAUAUACACGUACGUACUAUAUUGUUUAGUUUUCAGAUUAGUUUCAUUAAUAUUUUGAAUGAAGUUUUAGAUCGUAUAGUAACUUACUGUACAGCUUGUUAUAUUCGCGGGGGGUUAUUUUCGGUAUAUUCGUGGUCAUUAAAUAUAGCGCACAAAUAAAUACACACCGAAUAUUAUAUAUGAAUUGUAAGCUUGAUAAGAGAAAUUGUAAUUAAUAUUUCAAUUAAAGCCAUACCAGGUGAAAUGUACUGCUUUUCAAAUAAAGUAUUGAUAUGUUCAUUCUUUAAACCAAGGUAAAUAGCACACGAUAUAUUUAUAACGAAAGCUGUUUGUCAUGAUAACCAAGUAUAUUAAGCUAUGUAGGUUUAUAUUCAUUUUGUUUGGAACGAAGACUUUUAAAUUUAAGAUAUAUAUGAACAAACACGUUUAUUGAGCCCGCGGUCUUUCGGUUUGUUUAAACACUCAUUACUCAGCACCAUGUACUCGUUGCUAGGUUCACACAGUUCACUGGCUAGUAAUGUGUUAUCGCUGAUGUCCCGUGUUUGUUACAACUUCAAUACAGAUGUAUGGAACAUCAAGAUUGGAAACAAAACAAAUCAUCAAUUGAUUUUAUAGUGGUUAUAACAUUGAAAUUAAGAUUGGCCAAGGCUGAUUUAGGUUGAUAUUUUACUGUUUAAAAGUCAGAAUAAUACCAUUUCAAGCACUAACUUCUAUAUAUAGAAAUUGAAUUGAUCAUAAAAGGGAAACAAUAUCCAAAUUAUUCUACAACGUUUUACAUUGAGUAUAAGAUUGAAUUGUUUCGAGGAAACGACUGAAAUGCAUUUUCUAAAUGAUAACUGUCUAUCAAUGGAAAUGAAAAUAAUAUAGUAUUGUUAAUGUUUUCUGAUGAUACGGUGAUUAUAGCGGAACUCUCAAGGUCUACAAAACACGGUAGAUUCUUUUCUGGGGUAUACUUCCAAAUGGGAUUUUAAUUGAUUACGUUGAGAAGCUAAAGAUAUAUUUUUAGCCCACCAUCAUCAGAUGGUGGGCUAUUCAAAUCGCCCUGCGUCCGUGGUCCGUGGUCCGUCCGUCCCUCCGUCCGUCCCUCCGUC